CGCUACCAAGAUUACGAGUUCUGUUACAUUUGCCUGAACCUUUUUCAGAUGUCUCGAUGAAUAUGUCUAUAUUCCAGGCAGUACACUCAUGUGAGUAGUUCGUUCACGAAGAGAACCGGCCGGUUCUGUGUCACAUUAGCGAAAAGUUUAGACCAUGAGCUUGGUCAUGCCUCGCCAAAGUAACGAAGUGGUUUCGCUUACCUUGUGGCUUGUAUGAGGAAGAGGAGCUCUCGGCUAUCCGAUAAGUGCAAUUCACCCACGAGACAGUAAAGUGGUCAGACCUAAUUAGAAACCUGGUAAUACUCUGGCGAAAGCUUACCACAAAGCGGUCGUUCCCACUACUACUUAGCGCGAACGAGUUGCCUGUUCCCUUGCUCAAAGCCGAGUUGCGGCCGCUUGACGAUUGUGGCCUGGUCCGCCAAUAUCAUACGGCCUGACACCGCAAGGACGACUAAUGAGGAAUAAAGUUCGGGGACUGCCUUCUUCAGCUUAUAAGAGUAACCGAAAUCAGUCCACGAUGAAGUUCGUGAUUACCACCUUAUUCUUGGUAACGGUAUCGGGCAACAUGCAAAACUGGAGAGCAGAUAUCGGCUUUCAGCUUAGGGCUGAUUACUGUUUUGUCAAAAUGCUAAACGAAGUGGAUUUCUUCAGCCGGGGUCCCAUCAAGCUAAUUUACACUUCGGAGGCGUUCUUGCUAAAAAACGGGAUGCAAAAAGGAGAUCGCUGCGAAGAGUUUCGCUAUCUGGGAAAACGAAUCGUUGAACGUACAGAGCGACAACCAAUACUAGCCUUAAAGGUUAAGAACGUGAAGAAAAUUGUGGAUCAGGCUCUCCAAGCGUGCGCCAACUGCAACCCAAUGUUUACCAACACUUCCGUUGUUGAUCCCGCCAGCACAACAUUCACACCAGCUAUUUCCUCAAUUCAAUACCCAGCAGCUAUCCAGCCUUACCCACCAGCGACAAUGAAUCCGACGUCUGCUAUGGCUCUCGUCGGCCCACCUCGAUCACAGCCGUCUGCCACGUCCUCGAUAAUAUCCAUAAACGGCGUGGCGUCGAACGGUACAACUUCGACGAUUUCAAUAAUCCCCAAUAUCUCGCCUGAGCUAGGAAAUGCUAUGGUCACAACUAUUGUGUCAUCAACUUUAGAUGCUAAACCUUCAAAACCACUAGCCACAGCGAACAAUUUUAGGGCUUCAACCGCGACGUCGUACCACACUAAUGCACCGAGCACAAAAGCUACGGCCGCUGCAGAGGACGCUGCUGAGACCAUCUCUACCGAUACAGCUUCAGUACAAAGCACCUAUUUGAUUUAGGAUAUGAAUAGCGUUCAUGGAAUAUUUAUUGCAUGUACAGGCACAUUAUUGCCAAUUGGACGGAAUGUGAUACUUUUUUUUUUUUACACGAGUCCCACUUAUAGAAUCGGUAUAAAUCCAGUCAGUCCAUAAAACUGGUGGUCGCACACGAUAACAAUGAUAUUAACAAUAAUUGUUCCUAUACCACGUCUUCGAUUAGAGUUCAGUCUGUUAAGAAUCCACUUUUUUUAAACAAAUAUUUUUGUUUAUUUAUAUCGAACACAUCAUUGCUGCAGUUUUAUGAAGCGCUUCACAAUAUCUCUACAUGUGGCCUAAUUGAAGCUCGCUAUGACCUAAUAAACCGAGUAACUCAAUAAAGAUUCGAAAUGUAGCAUUAAUUGUUAUUGACGUGAAUUUUCGGUUAGUUUAAUUCUGCUCACGUUGAAGUUUCAGGCAUACCUUCUGGCAGGCAUUAGGUGGCGUGUUAUUGAAAAGAUGCAAUGGCAACGCUUUUAGCUACGAAACUGAAGGACACUUGAGGUGGUCGAGGUUUGAAGUCGGGCGUAGACACACUCCGUUUACUGGAAAAGCCAGCUGUCUGAAACGAUGCCUAACAAUAGUACCUCACGUAGAAGUUGAAACGUCCAUGUUUUAGAUGGUACUCGUAUAACAUAGUAGUUGCAUAUUUGGUGCAGAUAUCACCUAUACGAAAUUCAUAUUCAGCUUUAUAACGGCUAUAUCUAACAUCAGUUAUACAUAAUUUUACAUAGUAGGCAAGAUGAGAACUCUCCAAGAUUUUCAUAACGCUACAACAGCGUACUGUUUGGAAAGCAUUCAGUGUUAUAGUGGUAUAAAAUGACUAAGCAAUAUCAGACAACGUGUUCACUGCGUUGUAGCUUGCUAUAUUAUCGAUGUAGUUUAGAAUAUAGAAUGGGGUAAUUGUCUGAUUUAUAGCAGACGAUCAGCACACUAUCAGUAUCCUACAAUUGACCUUCUAGAUCGGACUCUUUCCUUGUCUAGUCAGAGUGACAUAGGUUCGUCGGAUGACUCAUUUAAGGAUAAACUAUAAACCAGACACGUAAUGGCGCGUAUUUCCCUCAAGGCUGACGAAAUUCGAAGUCCGUUGCCGAUUACCAUUCUGUGUUUUUUUGAUGGCCCCGUUCCGUUUAUACCAAAUGACUCAUUCUCGCAACACAAACUAGACUGUCAUCAAGCAGUAUUUACAGUGUCCACGUC